CUCAUUUACACAGCCUGAAUAACGUCUGGUAGACCCACAGCAGAUGCAUAUACCGUUGCUUCCUAAGCAAAGGUAGAGAACAUGACAGAAGUUGGAGACGGAGCAGUGGAAGCUGCCUCAUCAAUGAGUGCGGUUGAGUCUGCUCCGGAUGAAAAGGUGGAGGGAGAAACGACAGAUAUUGUGGAUGAGGUAGGGAUGGACGGGGACGGGGGCACCGAGCCCAGCGUGUACCGUUAUAUCAAGGGGGACCUUUUCACCUCUGAAAUCUUCAAAGUUGAAAUCCAGAACUUGCCUAAGUUCAUAGGCUUCAAUGACUUGAAAAAAUUCCUGGGCAAGCAUGGCCUCAACCCGCACAAGAUCAAGCUUUUUGGAAGGCAGACGUUUGCCUUUGUCACCUUCAAAAGCCAGGAGGAGAGGGACAAAGCCAUGAAGGCGGUACACGGCAUGCUGUGGAAGGGCCGUGUGCUGAGCGUCCGCCUGGCCAAGCCUAAGGCUGACCCUAUCCUCAAGAAGAGGAAGCAGGAGGAAGUGGAAGGUGGGCAGCCUGUGCCCAAGCGUCCCACGGAAUCCUCAGGGCUAGAGGCGAAGGAGGAUGAGGAGGAGCCCCUCAGCAAGCAGAUAGCAGAUGUAGUGACACCUUUGUGGAAUGUACCCUAUGAGGAGCAGCUGAAGAGGAAGGAGCAGGAGGUGGAGGCAGUUCUGCAGAGACUGGCCAGGGAAAUAGGCAACAACAACAAAGCUAUGUUGCCCUGGCUGUUUGUGCAGAAAGAGAAGUAUAAUAAAAUGUGCUGUCCACUGGAGGCGAUACGGUCAUCUCCUGUCCAGACUGAAUACAGAAAUAAAUGUGAGUUUCUCAUUGGCAUGGGAGCCGAUGGGGAGGACAAGACGGUGGGCUUCCGGCUGGGGAAGUACAAGGGUGGCUCCUGUGCUGUGGUGGCACCCUCUGAUACCAUCCAUGUCCCUGUGGAGGCCAAGAGGGUGGUCAAGGACUUCCAGGACUACAUCAGGACGACUCCAUACUCCGUUUACAGCCCAGAGACGUACGAGGGUCACUGGAAACAGUUAACAGUGCGGACCACUAGGACCAGUCAGAUUAUGGCCAUGGUCUUCUUUAACCCACAGAAACUUCAAGAGGAGGAACUGAAUGCGCUGAAGAGCUCUUUGAGACAGUAUUUCACGGAUGGAGCGGGGAAGAAGAGUGGUGUGACCUCUCUGUACUUUGUGAGAGAGGGACAAAGGACAUCCCCGAAUGUGGAAGACCUGCCCUGUGAGCUUGUGGCUGGAGAGGAGUGGAUCCAUGAGGAGCUGCUUGGACUAAAGUUCCGGAUAUCUCCACACUCUUUCUUCCAGAUCAACACGCUGGCUGCAGAGGUACUGUAUUCCGCUGUUGGGGAAUGGGCACAGCUGGACCAGGACAGCACCGUGCUGGACGUGUGCUGCGGGACAGGAACCAUUGGCAUCUCUCUCGCUAAGAGGGUGAAGAAAGUAAUUGGAAUCGAGCUGUGUCAGGAAGCAGUGGAGGAUGCCAAAUUCAAUGCAAAGAUCAACGGUCUGAGUAAUGUAGAGUUCCACUGCGGAAAGGCAGAAGACAUAUUUCCAUCUGUGCUCAACGCUGUUGUAUCCCCUCAUCUGACAGCCAUUGUAGAUCCUCCCCGGGCAGGAUUGCACUCGAAGGUCAUCCUGGCAAUCAGAAGAGCAGAACAUCUGAAGAGACUGGUUUAUGUGGCCUGCAAUGCUAAGGCUGCCAUGAACAACUUCAUUGAUCUUUGCAGAGCUCCCUCCAACCGCGUUCGAGGGGCUCCCUUCCGCCCGGUGCGAGCCAUGGCAGUGGACCUGUUCCCACAGACCGUGCACUGUGAGAUGCUCCUGUUGUUCGAGAGGGUCGACUACAGCUCCGACACAGUGAAACAAGAUGAACCUCCCGCAGAUUAACCACCAAAACCGUCCGUUCCAGUCAUUGUUUGUAGGACAGGUACCGGUCUUUUUUUUUUUUUCCCCCCUUUUUCUUUGACUAGCCCAUGAUUUCCUGUUAUGACCUGGUUGUGCAAUAGGCGUAAGAAAACUUAUCUAUGAAAACUUCACACAACAGGUAUAUUCACUUACCAGGUUGCGUUAGUGAAACUGUGUCGGUAGUGUUUCACAUUUCAGUUACGUUCACAUGGCCUUAAGCAUUUUCCUUAAUCUGUUUCAGCACAGCUGUCAGCUUAUUAUACUUUAUGGUGUAUUGUUUUUGUAAAUUUCAGUGUCAAAAAUAAAAUGAUCAAACCCAUAACAGGGAACCUUUUAGCCCUUUUCCUUGAGUUGCGUGCACAAAUCCCACAACUCGCUCAUUACAAUA